UAUCUCAACUAACGCGCCAGCCGUAUAUCGCAUUUGGUCGCGUAAAAACUUGCCUGCGCCGCUCGAGUCGUCCAACGCGAUUACGCGAGGUGGGAACAACGAGAACGGUGUAGUAAAAGUGGCCUCUCUCUGUGCGAGUGUAUCGUGGUGAUUUUACGUUCAAAUAUUCCAAAUAUGUUUACGCCUGUAGUGCUGAUAACCUGUGCAAAAAGGUGAUGAUACGUCGUACUGGCUGGAAAUAUACAAGCAGCUGUAAUAUAGACACGAACGUCGCUGUCAAAAUAAGGCGGAAAAUAAAUAAAUAGGGUUAAAACACAACGGCCUGCCGCGGGAACUGAUAAAACGAACCUUAUGUGCUGCGACAUUAAACUGAUGUUAGAUAAGCGAGUGUGAAUUGGUUGACCGAAUUGCUGGAAGAGAAUUAUGAUUAAUUUUACGUCAUUGUGGAGUUGGUGAAGAGUAUUCCUGAAUAGCUGAUAGACUUUAAGACUAUAGUGAGAUCAGUGAAAAACUUUAUCAUGGACCCGGGAGCGGGAAGAGCCUACAGGCACCGGUGAAGUUCGUCGAGGCCACAGCCUUUUGAAAUAGAUUAUCAUGGAAGAUUCUACGCGAAAAGCAAUUCAGCAGCCUAAAGAGCCAGAAGAAAUCCAAAGCAAUAAUGAAGAGACUUCAGAUUCUAUUUCAAUAAACAGAGAACAAGAAUCAUUUUUUGUUAUAAAAGAUGAAAAAAAUAGUGACAGUGACGCUAACAGUGAUGACCUAAGUAAUGAACAAAAUAAUGUAAUUAGUGGUAGUAGUUCUCAGUUCUAUGAGAGCAGUGAUAGUAAACUAGAUUACGCAGUAAAAAUAGAUGAUAAUGAUACUUUAAGCGAUAUAGAUGACAUUAAAACAGACACUGCAUCUGCAGACAGUGAAGAUUCUGCUCUUGGCAGUCUACCUCCUGAUACCGCUCUCAACGAGAGGGAAGAAGAAGCACAAGACCGAUCCGAUGGAAGUGACUCCGGCAUUGGAUCGGAGACACCCGAAGCCUCUAAAUUACCGAGUUUCAACCUUGCUCUUCCCUGCACAAGUGGCCUAAAUAAAGAUACAACGUCAGAAUUGGUUGAUCAAGAUGAUAAUGAAUCCAAUGAAAACCAAGAUACAGAAAGUGCUAAAAGCGAUUCUGAAUCAAUAGCACAAAUAACGACACCCCAAAGAAGUAACCUUAAAAGGAAAAUUGACGAUGAAACAUGUAAUGAGCCUCAAACAAAGCGUAGAAAAGAAAACAUUAAGUUUGAUAAUGUUACAGUGUAUUAUUUCCCAAGAGCGCAGGGUUUUUCAUGUGUUCCAUCUCAAGGUGGCUCCACUUUAGGAAUGGAAUGGGAACACAGUCAUGUGCAAAAUUUCACAUUAGCAGAACAUGCUUUGGAACAAAGGCGAUUACAUCGACAAAUAUUGCAGCAGUUGAAAAGCGAACGUCAUUCUCUUCAAGGCGUCGCCCUAUCGUCAAGUGAAGAUAGUGAUACUGAAGAAGAAGCAAGCGAUAUUUCUGAAUCUGAGCUCGAUUUAGACAGCUACUAUUUCCUACAACCAGUCCCUACACGACAAAGAAGAGCUCUUUUAAGGGCAGCCGGUGUUCGGAAAAUAGAAGGUUACGAAAAGGACGAAUGUAGAGAUAUAAGAACCUCUCGCGAAUUUUGCGGAUGUGCCUGUAAAGGCACGUGUAAUCCAGAGACGUGCUCAUGUAGUUUGGCGGGCAUAAAAUGUCAAGUCGAUAGAUUAAACUUCCCUUGUGGUUGCACGAGAGACGGCUGUGCUAACACAACUGGGCGAAUAGAAUUCAAUCCUGUAAGGGUAAGAACGCAUUUUAUUCACACACUAAUGAGAGUAGGUCUUGAAAAGAAAAAUGAGGAAAGUCAAGAAGCUGCUAAAAGGCAAUGGGCGGCGGCACAUAAUACGAACCCUGCGGCAUGUGCCUCCAACUCUUCAUACGAUCGAGAACGCUGCCGUAGUCAUGACGAUGGAUUACUACGCGACGUCAACCUCACUCCAAGAGUGGAAGUAGAAUCUUGUGUAAACAACGGGAGCUUCAAUAAUGUACACUGUGACAUGAACACAGCAGGUGCUCAAAACAUGCAAGAAGAUAUGGGUUAUAAUUACAGAAAUGACACUGCGGUCCAUAAAAACUUAAAUGAAAGUAAUGUUAUGCACUUUGAAAAUAGAAAUAAUCACCACAACCACGUUGAUGCUUACACCAACAAUAUACUUCAGGGUAAAGGCCCACCUUAUUCUGCGAGUAACACGAUGGGAUUUAAUCCAAUGACCAGCAAUAUGCAGAGGUUCCCCUGUGAGGUCAACUACGCAUACGACCAACAUACGGAUAAUCAUUUCAAGGGAGCACAAAGUUAUUCCGCGACAAGUUUCGAAGAAUUCGCUCACAACCACAACUCACAGAUGUCAAUGUUCAGUCAUUACGGCCACAUGUAUGUCCCGGAAUAUUUGCAUAAGCCGAGUACGAGCAUUCACGACCAUAAUUCGUUACAGUAUCACGCUAUGCCACAGCAGAAUCACUAUGAAAUGUAUAAAAAUACUUCUGAAUGCAUAAAUGCUGAAAAUAAGAGUGAGUCGCACUACACCACAUUGAUGACAAUGCCAUAUCAAAAUAGCAAUAAGUUACAAGCGGUAGAGAAUGAUGAGAAUUGGUUUAGUCAGAACACGCUGCAUAGUCUUGAGCCUUCUGACCAGACCACACAGGAUUCUGCCGAGCUGCCAGCAGCGGUUCAGCCUACGGAAGCAUCAGUGGAAACCAACUCGGAAACAACAGAAAACUUCGGCGAACUUAUAAAGAAAACUAUGGUAGAAUCUGUUACUGUGUAGAUGAUUUCCUUGUUGUCUUUUAAUCGUCUUAAUGAAAUAUCAUGUUAUUAAGUUUUUAAUUAUAUUAAUUGGGAAUUUCA